AAGCUGCUGCCGCCUGCCCUACUGACGUGUCCGGGCAGCGGGACGCGUCGCCGAAAGUCGCGGUGGAAGUUACCUGCGGUGUACAGAUCUGGCGCUUUACGCUGCCAGGCACUGCUGAGCUGGGAGAUGUCAGCUGCAGGCCGGACGGAGCCCUUGGGUCCUCCCAGCAGCUUUGCGAAGCGGCUCCUGGUGACCGGGGGUGCUGGUUUCAUCGCAUCACAUGUGAUUGUCUCUUUAGUAGAAGAUUAUCCAAACUAUAUGAUCAUAAAUCUAGACAAGCUGGAUUACUGUGCAAGCUUGAAGAAUCUUGAAACCAUUUCUAAUAAACAAAACUACAAAUUUAUACAGGGUGACAUAUGUAAUUCUCACUUUGUGAAACUGCUUUUUGAAACAGAAAAAAUAGAUAUAGUACUACAUUUUGCUGCACAAACACAUGUAGAUCUUUCAUUUGUACGCGCCUUUGAGUUUACGUAUGUUAAUGUCUAUGGCACUCAUGUUUUGGUAAGUGCUGCUCAUGAAGCCAGAGUGGAGAAGUUUAUUUACGUGAGCACAGAUGAAGUAUACGGAGGCAGUCUUGAUAAGGAAUUUGAUGAAUCUUCACCCAAACAACCUACAAAUCCUUAUGCAUCAUCUAAAGCAGCUGCUGAGUGUUUUGUACAGUCAUACUGGGAACGAUACAAAUUUCCAGCCGUCAUCACACGAAGCAGUAAUGUUUACGGACCACAUCAGUAUCCAGAAAAGGUUAUUCCAAAAUUUAUAUCUUUACUACAACACAACAGGAAAUGCUGCAUUCAUGGAUCAGGGCUUCAAACAAGAAAUUUCCUUUAUGCGACCGAUGUAGUAGAAGCAUUUCUCACUGUCCUCAAGAAGGGGAAACCCGGUGAAAUUUACAACAUCGGAACCAAUUUUGAAAUGUCAGUUCUCCAGCUUGCCAAAGAACUAAUACAACUGAUCAAAGAGACCAGUUCAGAGUCCGAAAUGGAAAACUGGGUGGAUUAUGUUAAUGAUAGACCUACCAAUGACAUGAGAUAUCCAAUGAAGUCAGAAAAAAUACAUGGCUUAGGAUGGAGACCCAAAGUGCCUUGGAAAGAAGGAAUAAAGAAAACAAGAAGCUCCAGAGCAAAGACGGCUUGGCAGAGAAGUCUCGAACUGGGCAGAAAUGCCAGAUGCCCCAUUGUGCUCAGUCGUGGGCUGGCGGCUGCGCUGAAAGGACUGAGGUGGAUCCUGAGGCUCUACAGACAGAGGCUGUCUGCUAACUGCGCUCGCCGCAGCUGGAUGGCAAGCUCCAUCCUGAAGGGAAAUGCAAGUGGAUGAACCACAGUCAGUAGAGGAAACUAAGGAGGAUCCCAGGCAGAAGGGCCAGCCCUGUGGAAACACCAAGCCGUGAACGAUAUUGUGUGUUCCUGGAACAGAGGUCCUCAGUAGUACUCUAGCUCGGAUGUUCUCACAACGUGUCUCUAGUCCAUUAGUGACAUCAAAAACUGUAAUGCGAUACCACUUAAUACCUUUUAGGAUGGGUAUUAUUUGAAAAAGCAGAAAAUAAUAAAUAAUAAACAUUCUAAGUAAGUAAACAUUGGUAAGGAUGCGGAGAAACUGGAAUCCUGGUGCGUUGCUGGUGGGAAUGUAAAAUGGUGCAGCGACCAUGGAAGACAGGAUAGCAAGUCCUCAAAAAGUUAGACAUCGAAUUACCAGAUGACCCAGCAGUUCCCCUUCUAGGUAUGUGCCUGAAAGAGUGAAAAGCAGGGGCUCAAACGGAUUCUUGCACACCAACACUCAUAGCAUUAUUCACAGUAGUCAGAAGGUGGAAACAAUCCAAAUGUACAUCUUUAGAUGAGUGAACAAGUAAGGUGUGGUAUACACAAAUGAUGGAAUGGUAAAAUUUCACUUAUACGAGGUACCUACCAAUAGACAAAUUCAUAGACACAGAAAGUAAAAUAGAGGUUUACAAGGAGCAAGGGGAAGGGGAGAUGGGGGUGAAAUAAUUUAAUGCCUCAAAGUUUCUGUUUGGAGGGUGAAAAAGUUCUGAAAGUGCAUGAUAGUCAUGGCUACCCAACAUUGUGAAUGCACUUCAUGUCGUUGAAUUGUACGCUUAAAAGUAGUUAAUGAUGGUAAAUUGUAUCUUGUGUAUAUUUUGCCACAAUAAUAGUUUUUUAAAAAUGUGUCCCCCAGACCAACAGCAUCUCUAGCACUUGUUACAAAUGCCAGUUCCUGGACCCCACCCCAGACGUAAAGAAUUUGAAACUCUGGCUGGGGCACCCCCAUGUUUGAGCCCCACUGCUCUCCAACGUGAGAGGGGAAGUGAAGCUAGAGGGGAAUGUAGGGGCCAGGGCCAGGUCCUCAAAAGCCUUGUGUGCCCCGAAAAAGUGCUUGGCCCUCAUCCUGCCGACAGAGAGCUCACUUGAGAUUUUAAGGAAGAAGUUGACAUUGUUAGAUUUGUGGGACUAAGCUUUUUCCCGAUUUCAAAAGUAAUGUGUGCUCAUUGCAGAAAGCUUGGAAAACUAAAUCAAUAAAAAAAGAAAAUCACCCUUGAGCUACCAUUGGGAGAUAACCCCUGUUAAUAUUUAGAUGUAUAUUCUUCCUUUCUUGGAGCAUAUAUACACAUUUAAAAAAAAAAACAAUAUGAGAUCAUAAUGGAGACAUACUGUUUUGGAGUCUGCUUUUUUUUGCACUAAGCAAUAUAUCAUGAAUGUUUUUACAUGUUAUGAGAUCUUUUGCCAUUUUUAUUGA